AUGGCUGGACGGACGGCAGCACUUUCCCGGGAUCAGGGGCAGGUCUGGGAGAGGGGGAGCGGGACGCCGUGCGGGUCCCCUCGCGUCGCCGCCGCCGUUACCUUGGAUUAUUUCGCCUUCGCUCUUGCGACACCCAGUGAAUGCAUUUAUUUUCUCGCCCGUGCUUCUAACGGAAAACAAGGGAGGGGGGCCGCAGGGGAGGGGGAGGCUGCAGGAACCCCCGAAGGCGAUCCCGAUCCGGGCGGCGCGGACCCCGAGCAAAAGCCUCCUCCCCGCACCUACACCAUAAUCCCGGCCGGGGCUCCGCGAAGGGGGCAGCGCCGCGACCCGAGGCUCCCGCAGCCGCCAGCCCUGCCCGCCGGCGGCACAACAAUACCCGCACACGCGAGGCGGAGGCACCGGCCGCCCCACCAGCCCUGCUACUGCGCGCUCCCCGCUCGCCCAGCGGCCGCCCGGGCACCUUCCAGCAGCGGCAGCGGCGGCCGCCGCCCGUCCCGCGCCUCCUCCUCCUCCUCCUCCGCCGCCGAGGCCGAGGAGCCGGCGCGGCGACCCCCGCGCAUGGGGCGGGGGGGCGACGGCAGCGGAGCCGAGCGGGCCGCGCGGCUCUCGGCGGGCUCCGGCUGGGCGGCCGCCGCCCUGGCGAUGGGCAGAGCCGCCGCCUCCCUCCCGCCGGCCGCCCCCCGCCCGCGUCCCUCCCUCCCGCCCGGCCGCCUCCCUGCCUGCCUCCCGCUCUCCUCCCUCGCUCGCUGCGCGCAGCCCAGCCCGCCUCCCGCCGCCGCUCCGCCGCUCGUGCAGGAAAUGCGCAAAAGACAAAGUCACUGGGAAAGGGCUCUUGCGCAAGCUUUGAACUGACUUUACUAUCCGAAGAAGAAUGUCAGGCCAGCUCUUGUGUUCAGGAGGGCAGGUGGGGGAAUUCAAGGCAGUGUGAAGGAAGAGCCCAGCUGCCAGGACGCACUCAAGUAAGUCUGUGAGAGAUGAGCACCGAGGCUUGGAUCUGCACCUCAUAUUCCUGACGCGGCAGCAGUGAUCAGGUAGCCGUGUGUUUCUGAAGGCAGCGGCUCAGAGGCAGGCGCUGUGUGGAGCUGAUGAAACAGCUCUGGCAUCUGCGUUUGCAGUGUAGUUCCCAGGUAGAAAAUGUGGUACUAAUGAAGCCUGAGGGUCACGAGAGCAUUCACAUAAUGGAAGAAAGCCUUUUUUGUGCCAGUUGCUGCUUCAUCUGCUAGUAAAAGCAGUACGGUAACGUCUCCACGUUCAUUAUCCUGACAGUCCCCGAGUGCUGUCGUUUGAUACAAAGCCAUGAUAAGGCCCAAUUAUAGGAGCCUUCCCUCCCAAUUCAGCCUUCCCUGUGCUCCCAGCGGCUGUCACACAUCUAUCACUUGUUUCUGUAAAGGAGUGUGCUCACAGGCCCCAUCAGAAACACCGAGAUCACCCCCUUCUUCCCUCCCAACCCCAUUCACAUCCUAGAGUAUAUCAUGCUACUUAUUCAGCUGUGCACCCUCAAUUCUAGUGUGCGAGGAAGAGCUCUGUAAUUAAACUUUUCCUCUGGAUGUGUUUGUGUAGCAGUGUAAACAGUAUGCUCAAUUUCCUGGAAUAUUGGAAAAUGCAGAAGCUGAACUGAUACAGUGUUUAAUUUUGACUGAUUACUUGUAAGAGACCUGCAACUAUGUAUAGUCUGAAUGCCCCAGGUAGGAUGUAAGUAAACACAGUCUCCAUGGUGAGUUCAAUAACCCCGUGUGUCUGCAAGGUCACACCUGCCUAUGACAACAGCCUGAAUCAAUCUGGAAUAUUAACACAAUAUAGAGAACAAUAUCAAUAAAUCUCAUAUUUCACUAAUUGUAUAUUUAACCUACUGGAAAUACAUGAGUACUUAGGCA